UAAUUCCAAUUUUGUCCUAGCUGUCUGAAGUGAAAAUAUAAUUGUUUAGGCAAAAUAACUUCUAGAACGCUUAAAAUCAACAAAUUACUUAUUUCAUUAUUUAUAGCUUUUUGAUAUGAUGACCAGCUUUGUGACUAGCCUGAUAGGAAAGGGAGGGGAGGGGGCAAUCUUAAGCACAUACCGUGGCGCCUUCAUUACGGCAGUAAAUCCUAUGUUAAAUCUUAUGGGCGAAAAAUAGUUCGAGCAGCCGCUAAAGUGACAUCAGCGCCAGCCCUCCCCUCCAACGACGCAAUCACAGCAAAUAACCGCCCAAUAGCAGCAACGGAGGAGGGGCUAGGGUGUCUCUCGGUUAACGUGCGACCUCUAGCGGCUUAAUUGAGCGGUGCAAACCGAAACAAAGUUGCACAUUAGUCGCAGAGUCGUGGAAGAGACAGGUAGUUAAAGCAACUCGAGAACAUGGCACUCAACUGUGAAGGAAAGGACUCAAACUCCUUGUCGAAAGAUUCAAACAAAUCAUCAGAAGUAAUUGAUGAAACCCCAUUAAGAUGCAGUUACAGUCAUACUAGGCGACUUAUGCGUAAAGGAGCUUCAUUUCCUGCAUGCAGGUACCUCCUCAGAGAUAUAAUUAAACAUGAAAAAAAGGAAAAGGCUGAUGCCGAAGCCGCCAGUAAUGCAGCUGCGGCUGUAGCUAUCAAUAUGAUUUUACAAGCUACUAGUGAUGAAAGCAAUGCCAUAAUUGAUAGCAGGGAAGACUCUCAUUUUGAAGUGGAACUUGUAGAUUGCAUCGUUGAAAUUAACGAUGCCGAACAAGAUGUAACGACGGCGGCCAACAUUAGCAAUUAUCCAAUUUUAGAAGUGGAUACUGAUUUGCUUACCAGUAAUGAGAGUUGAGAAAAAUCAAAAUAAAAAUUAGUAAUAAAAUAGUAUUUAGUUUUUAAAAAAUGUCGUUUUUAACUUAUUU